AAAUCAACCGGUGAAGAAGUGCUUUUUCUCCCUAAAUUCUGCAAAGUGUAAUGAGCGCAGACCACGAAUUCAAGGUGCACCAUUUGGUGGGGGAGCUGGUGUCGCUGUUCCGUGUCCAGGACACGUCUGGUGUGGAGUCUCUGGUGGAGCUGUUGCUAAGACACCGCUCGCCUUACGUCACCACUCAGGUGAGUGCAGCUUCAGCCAAGAGAAAAAUCACAAACUUCUCUUCCAAGGGAGCAGAGUUUCGCAAAAAGUAUGAUGAACUCCACCAGCGACAGGUGAGAGAGCUGAACCCUCUGGUCUACCUCAUCUCCCUCAUCACCGAGGACGAGCAGCUGUGUGGCUAUCUCGGGGAGGUAUGUCCCGCCAGUCAGUUGGGCCACGUCGUUCGACAGGCCGACAUCUCGGUACUGGACGACCUCGAGGGAGGACUGCGAGACCUGCCGACAAAGGGAGCGGUGAUGUCAGCCGAGGAACUGGGGGAGCUCAUGGGGCGGCUGGAGACUGUCACCACUGCUCUCAAGAACAGGGAGAGAGAGAAAAUGAGAAUGACAGUCGAAGGGAAUUUCCCUGAGCUGCCGUCGUGGCUGUUUGAGAGGUCUUACCUCACUGCUGACUUUCAUCGUGAAGGCUCCUCCUCCUCUUCAUCUCCCUCGACUGUCUCCCUCGGUACGCUGCCUCUGGACCUCCAGCAGCUGUCUGCAGUGGAGGACCUCCUCUACCUUAUGGUGGGUGUGGAGGGACGGUUCAUCAAGACCGAGUCCCCUGCUAACGAGUCUGCCCCGAGGAAAUUCACCAUUGAUAAGACGCUCGAUCCCUCCCUCCGAAACCUAGUGGAGCGAGUCCUCCCGAUCUGCAGCAGCUACUCUGCCGUAGUGAGGUUCAUAGAGGAGAAGUCAACCUUCUACGAGGGUCGGGUCAACCAGGCGUUGUCCGCAGCCAUGCGGGGUCUGGUGAAGGAAUACUGCGUCGUGGUCGCCCAGCUAGAACACCAGCUGCGACUUGGACAGCUCUCUCUGCAGAAGCUCUGGUACUACGUCCAGCCCUGCUCUGCGUCGCUCUCCGUUUUGGAGCGUAUCGUGGGCACCGUUACACGCGGGUCUUGUCGCGGAGGGAAGACGCUCACAGCGCUCCACUCUAUCACCACUGGCUACAUCGGAGAGCCGAGAACGCAGGAGUUGUGUCUGCACCUCACGCGAGCUGCCUGCCACCCGUAUUUCUCCAGUCUCAGUCAGUGGAUCCACCAGGGACUAGUUCACGACCCCUACUCGGAGUUCAUGGUGAGGGAACACGAAGACAUUCGCAAAGACAGGCUCCAUGCCGAGUACAACGACUCCUACUGGGAGCGUCGGUACACCGUCCUACAAGACAACAUCCCCAGUUUCCUGGAGAGCGUUGCCGACAAAAUCCUCUGCUCGGGCAAGUAUCUGAACGUGGUGAGGGAGUGUGGGAAGGAGUCUGGCACCGCGUCGCUCCAGAUCAUGCAGUACUCGGUCCAGGAGAGGGGAUAUAUUGAGCAGAUCGAGGCUGCUUACUCCCAGGCCAGUCGAAGACUCCUAGACCUUAUUCUGGUAGAGAAGGACCUGCCGGGCUACCUGAGGUCAAUCAAGCACUACUUUCUCCUGGACCAGGGCGAUCUGUUUGUUCAUUUCAUGGACUCUGCCGGAGACGAGCUGGCAAGGCCCAUGGCUGACAUCUUGCCUACCAGACUGGAGUCUCUGCUGGAGCUUGCCCUCCACACGAGUCCUCGCGAACUCUGACCCCUACAAGGACAACCUGAAGGCGUGUCUGGUGCCCUUUGACCUCAUCACGCAGCUCCUCCACAUCACUGCAAUACAGCCGGAGGGAGUCGGGGCCGGUGCCACACCCCCUCCCCCCAUCGCACGUCCAGAGUCCAUGCCGACCCUGUCUGGACUGGAGUCGUUCUCCCUGGAGUACAGCGUGGAGUGGCCCCUGUCGUUAGUGAUCUCCUACCGCAGUCUGUACAAGUAUCAGCUGCUGUUUCGACAUCUCUUCUAUUGCAAGCAUGUGGAGAGACAGCUGUGCGGGGCCUGGAGGACCCAGAGAGCCAGAUCUGGUCCUCCCUCCCAGCCAAACACUUGCCUGUGCUGUUUUGUUUACAGUUGUUUGUCUUACCCAAAUAAAGAAACAUGGCUUACAUAUAAGUACAUCCCGGCCUUUGCCUUGCUGCAGCGAAUGCUCAACUUUGUACAGAGUCUCCAGUACUACAUGACUAUGGAGGUCUUGGAGCCCAACUGGAGCGCCUUUGAGAAGAAGCUGGCGAAGGUUUCGACCAUCGAUGACGUCCUGCAGGCUCACACUGACUUCCUGGACUCCAGCCUCAGAGACUGUCUCCUGAGUGAUCGCAGCAUCCUCAAGACUGUCAGCAGACUCAUGGAGCUGUGUCUGCACUUCUCCGGACACAUGCAGGAACAGGUAGAGGGAGGUGAGGAGGAUGACUCCCUAUCUCUGUCACGAGAGGAACUGGGGGACUCCGGCAGGAGAAUGGCAAGAGUCAUUUCAGUCGACCUUGACUCUCUCCUCUCCCCCGAGAACUUCUGCCAGAGCAUCGUCCGCAUAGAGGCCCAGUUCACGGGGGACCUGCUGGCCCUCCAGGACACUCUGCUGGAGCUCCACGUGGACUCCCUCUCUCACAUGGUGUCAAGACUCGACUACAACUCCUUCUACCACAACCUCAGACUAAUGAACUAGUGGUUCGUCUGCUCUUCACUGCCCGUUCCAUACACAUGUGUACCAUAAAGACUUUUUGUAACUUGUGCGUCAUAUAUGUACAUACAUCAGUGAUGAUGAUGAUGUAACCUCUUUUGAAAAUAAAUACACACGCAGGUGUUUCCCUUAGCUUGCUCCGAACUUUCCUCCUAGUUUGGUGUCCCAUUGAUGAUGGGUGAUGUUAAAAAAAAUAAAUACAUACACACACACGUGAGAGGGAGAGAAGAGAUUAUAGUCUGAUAAAAUGGUUCACAGCAAAAUGCAGCAGUCACACUCUCGCUCGCUGGAUUGCAUCGACGAUGUAUCCGAGCGCAAAAGAGGUGUGGUUUCUCUGAUUGCUGUACCGGUGCUAUGGUUACGAGAUGCCCCUCUCACGCUAUUUUCUGGCAGUGGUCUCUUUUCUGGACAUGGAGGGAUUGUGUCGGAGUCUGCCGGGAUCAGCUUGGGCUGUCCAAUCCAGUUCCUGGCCUCUCCCUCUGCCCCCCUCGUCACGGAGUCCUCCAUAUCCUGAGGCGGACUGGGGUUAUUGCGCAAGGUCACCUCUUCAUCCGUCUCCUCAGUGCCCGGUGGAGGGAGAGAGGUGUAGGGGUGUGGUCUGUCGGCCUCAGCUACCAGGAGGGUGUUGUCUCCGUCCAGACUGGGUGCCUGGUGGACCAACAAACCUCUCAGGAAAUUAUCUCUCAUUAGAGCGGGGCUACCUCUAACGAUGAGAGGUAUUCAGGUUGCGGUGUCUGCCAGCCCUCUACGUCCGUGUGGACCCAGGGACUGGACCUCUCCGAGUCGAUGGGGUUGGCCGUGUGGAAACUGCCCACGGAGUCCGAGGACGAGGACCGAGUCGUCUGGUUAUCUGGAGUGUGGUAACCGCUGGCGCUAGCAGCAGGCGUCAAACCUGGUUCUGACAUCC